GUACGCAUUGCUCUCGUCGAUUGGCCGUACCCGGGUUCUCUCUCUGCCGAGAGAGAGAGAGAGAAAGAGGGAGAGACAGCGAGCGGAGAGUCGCGACGCGCGAAAAGCACACGCGCGUUUGACAGCGCGAGAGACACGCGUGGGGAGUUUGGUAAUAGAGAAAAAGAAAAGGGAAAAAAAUAGAAGAAAAAAAGUCGGCCGGGUCUUUCAACGCGUGACACCGACGAUCGCGGAAAAUUCGCAGAGAGAAGGAGAGACAGAGAGGGUGAGAGAGGGAGGAGAGAAGAUAGUGCCUGUGUGCUCGGUGAGAUAACGGCGACUUGUGAAUCGCGAUAAUAAUCAGCCGACGAGCAGGGUGACAGUGCGCUUGGCAGCGGCAAGAAGCAAGAGAAAGCGAGAGAGACAGAGGAAGGAAGGAAGGAAGAAGAGAAGGCACUGCGGCACGUUGACGGAGCCCGCGACGACGACGUACGAUUGCUGUCACUAAAGGUAAUCCCGAUUUUUGCACUGCAAUCCUUAAGGGACUUAAUAAGGGAGACCGGGGCUAGUUGGCUGUAGGGGUUGACGAGGCAGAAAUGGCACGGCGGGAGUCGCGGUGAGGAAAGGGCGAGGGUGAAGCCCUCGCAGGAAAAGGGAGCUAUGGUGAAAAGCUUGGGUUUCCUCGCCAGAAGGGCGCCACCUGCCGUCCACCUCCUUUUCGUCGUUCUGCUCGCUCUCGCCCCCGCUUACCACGGCGUGGACCUCUCCCAAUGCAUCGCGCCGCUCGGCAUGGAGUCCGGUGCGAUCCCGGACGUGGAUAUCAACGCCAGUUCCAGCUUCGACACCGGAAACGUCGGUCCCCAACUGGCACGAUUGAAAUCGGAGAAUCUCGGCGGUGCCUGGUGUCCUAAGAACCAAAUCACCAAGGAAGCACGAGAAUGGCUGGAGAUCGACCUCCACACCAUCCAUUUGAUCACAGCUACCGCUACCCAGGGCCGUUUCGGAAACGGCGUGGGCGUUGAAUACGCGGAAGCGUAUCUGCUGGAAUACUGGAGGCCGCGACUGGGUAAAUGGGUUCGAUACAGAAACAUCAAAGGACAGGAGGUAAUACCCGGUAACACGAACACGUAUUUGGAGUCCAAGCACGAGCUGGAGCCGCCUCUGUGGGCGAGCAAGAUCCGUUUUCUGCCCUACAGCUAUCACAGGCGGACGGUUUGCAUGCGGGUCGAGCUCUACGGGUGUUACUGGAGCGACGGCGUGGUGUCCUACUCGAUGCCCCAGGGCGAUAAAAGGGGCAACGGAUGGGAAUUCUUCGACGCGACCUACGACGGACACUGGGACGGCGAGUUGCGCCGUGGCCUGGGUCAGCUGACGGACGGCAGAACGGGGCCCGACAACUUCAAAAUGGGAUACUACGAUAACGAUCGCUCCACCCAGGGCUGGAUAGGCUGGCGGAAUGACACCCGCAACCAGCCGGUCGAGAUCAAGUUCGAGUUCGACAAAGUGCGGGAAUUCUCCGCCGUCCACAUCUACAGCAACAACCAGUUCACCAAAGACGUUCAGGUGUUCUCUCAGAUCGAUAUCCUCUUCAGCAUCGGCGGCAAGUAUUACACGGGCAAGCCCAUUACCUUCACAUACAUGGAGGACAAAAUCUUCGAGUCCUCACGGAAUGUCACGAUCAAGCUCCAUCACCGAGUCGGAAAAUUCGUCAAGCUGCGACUGCACUUUUCGGAUCGGUGGAUCAUGGUCAGCGAGGUGACCUUCGAUUCCGACGUAGCACAUGGCAACUUCACGCCCGAGGAAGCACCGACAACCGAAUCGCCGAUCCAAAGCGACGUCUUCGUCGAGAAGAACGGCGCCGCCGAGGGGGAGCUUCCGGUCUCAACGGCGAAGCACGACGACCCCACGUAUAUGGCGGUCGUGAUCGGCGUACUGACCGCCGUGAUACUUCUGUUGGCCGUGGCGAUAUUUCUGAUUGUUUCACGGCACCGGCAACGCAAGUGUUUCGCCAGCCCGAUGACCGGCAAAGCCCCGUCUCACUUGGGCUCCACCUGCGCCACCGUCGAGAAAGGCGCCGCGCUGAUGGCAUACACGUUGGAGGACGAUGAGAGAUACGCGGGCGGUUCGUUACCGACUCUGCCGCUCGACCUCGGCAAUCGUCUCCUGGACAUCGUGAAGCUGGACGACUACCAGGAGCCGUACCAGGCGCUGAAGUACGCGCCCUACUACAGCUACAGCACCGUCGUUAUGGAGAUGAAAGACAUGAUGCUGAACAACAAGGGCACCAACAUCAAUCACUCAGCGGUGUACGCGAACGGUGCAGUUGACACGUCGUACGAUUAUGCGGUACCGGAACUCGGCACAGUGCCCCUGCUCAAUCAGGACGCCGGCGUCGGCCGCGGGGCGACCGUCUCCAACGCCAGCGGCGACCAGGACAGCCUCUUCUCCAAGAGCUCGCGCGGCACGAAGACCGAGGACAAGAAGUCGCCGACUCAACAGGAGGUACUCUCGGCCCUGAAGAGACGUCUGGAGCAGACCAGCGUACCGCUCUUCCCACGGCAUCGCCUCCGCAUGCUCUCCAAGCUCGCCGAAGGGGCGUUCGGCACGGUAUACGUGGCGGAAGCUGAAGGGAUCCCGGAGUACGGCACGACGACCACCCUCGGCAAGCGACUCGUCGCCGUCAAGUUUUUACUGCCGGAAGCCAGCGAGAAGGAAAAGUUGGACUUCCAAAGGGACGUGAGGAUCUUGGCCGCUCUGGAAGAUCGCAACAUCGCACGGGUCCUGGGUGCUUGUUACCGCGAGGAGCCGUACUGCGUGGUGAUGGAAUACCUGGAACACGGGGAUCUCUGUCAGUUCCUCAAAACGCAUAUCACUGCCGAGGACGCGCAUUCCAUGCCGAUUGGCGUCAAGACACUUAGUUUCAACUGUCUCAUCUACAUGGCGGCGCAGAUCGCGUCGGGCAUGCGGUAUCUGGAGAACCUGAACUUCGUUCAUCGGGAUCUGGCUACUAGGAACUGUUUGGUUGGCAAGGCGUACCACAUCAAGAUCUCGGACUUUGGCACGGACAACGAAUUAUACUCCUGCGACUACUACAAGGUGGACGGGGCCAUGCCGUUACCAGUACGAUGGAUGGCUUGGGAGUCAAUAUUUCUGGGGAAGUACACGACGAAGAGCGACGUGUGGGCGUUUGCAGUCACUCUGUGGGAGAUCCUGAACCUGGGCAGACGCGUGCCAUACGAGCACCUGUCGGACGAGGAGGUGGUGCAGAGCCUGCGGCAGCUGCAUCACGCCGCCGACUGCGGCAGCAACGGCAGCAGCAACGUUAACCCGGAAGACAGUUGCAAGGAGGAUUUGGGCGGCGGCGUCAGCAACGGCAGCAACGUCGGCAACGGCUUCGAUUACUUGCCGCGGCCCACUGCCUCCUCCAAGGAUAUCUACGACCUGAUGCUCGAGUGCUGGCGGCGGGAGGAGAACGAGAGACCGACCUUCCGCGAGAUAUCGCUCUUCCUGCAGCGGAAAAACCUGGGCUACGCGCCGACGUCCUGAUAUUGAGCCCCGAACAACAACAACUCCGGCGAGCACGACGACUUUCUCCACGGUCAUCCCGCGGGAUUCCAGGACGGGCCGGCGACGGGCCCGGAAGCGUUGGGUCGGCGAGCGUGCGACGACGGGCUGCGUCCUCGAUCGAGGAAUCGCAGGCACCGAGUGACCGUCGAGUGAGGAUGAACAGAGGAACGGAGGGACGAAGGUGGAGGAGGAGGCGGCAAGAACAACGAAGGGAACCUCCGUGAGAGAAAGAAACGAACGUCUCGGGGAGGGCGAAUUGUUGUAGCAUCUCGCUCAAGCGACAUCGAAAUGACAAGUACAACGACGAUGGCGAUGAUCCGUUACCGUCUCCGUCUCGACGAAACGGCGGGAUCCGGGGGAUCUAUUACUCCGUGCGACCCGGAAUCCGUCGUCCCGCGACCUCGUCGCGCACCUUCGGACAACGAGUAUACCGUAGCGGGCAGGAAGUAACCCUUAGGAUAGCUAGGAGAGUAAGGAAGCGCGCGGAGGAGCCUCUCGCUCCCUCCAACGGAGGCUCCCGACGCCUCUCGGAAUUUAUACUGUUAUAUCGUUCGCACGUGCGCACCACGAGGACACGACGACCUCCGUGGGAUCCUGAUAGCGGCGCCAGUAACAGUGACUACUAGUGCUGCUUUGCCGCAGAUGCUGUCUUCUCCGGAAGCCUCGAAGAGUCCUGGUCGCCGCGAGAAGUGCGAAUCUCACCGGAAGGAGGAGAAGCAGAGAGACGGAGCUGUUUCCCUUAAGCAGGCGACAAAAACGGAAGAGGACGAGAGAAAAAAAAGAGAGAGAGAGAGAGAGAGAGUGAAGAGUAAUAAAGCGAGACGACGGACCGUGAAUCUGCGAACACGACAAUCGGACGAGAGCACAAUAAAAAGAAAAAGCUUGCCCGUCGUAGAUGAUAGCAGCUACGCGUAAUCCACGGGGAAUCGACGCGUGCAUGUGCGUGCUUAUCGAAGAGAGACAACGACAACGAUGAAGUACGCGAGAUCGCGUGAAAAAUUUUCUUCUUUCUCUCUCUCUCUCUCUCUCUAUCCUGCGAUCUCGUCGACGACUUAUAGGAGCAAUACGCGUGUAAUUAAUAUAAUAAUGAUAAUACACAGCUACGAACAUUCCUGCGAGGAUGGCUGGGUCUCGUAAUCCCGUUUGGCCGCGUGGCAAUUAUUGUGAGAGAGAGAAAGAGAGAGAGAGAGCGCACGCAAUACCCGAAAGAUAGGGGAGAGAUCGUUUACUCAAAAAGAAUAAUUAGCUGGAUCUCUCUCCGAUGAGAAUUAUAUAUCGUUUCGAGUAAGAAAGAUUUAACAAAGAAAGAGAGAGAGAGAGAGAAGUGUGACAUCGACGGUACGGCAAUACAUAGUGCGACUAUACCGAUAUUAGACGUUAAAAUUACGAUGACUGUUCGAGUUAAUGAUCAUAAAGAAAAGGAAGCGUUAUAAAUAUGAGUGUACUCGUGAACGAGUGGAUGCCUAUUUCCUGCCCUGUCCAUUCCCUCCCCUCCCUUUCCCCAAACGUCCCCUUCUAUUCUUCUCUAUCAUCACUCCCUUUUGCUAUCUUUGAACGUGUAUAUCGUAAUAUCGUCCCAGGUACUCUGGAUCUCUAAUUGUGAAACGAAUCUACUUUGUACGAGUGUGCGUGCGUGUGAUUUACAUCGCGAAAUCCUUUAUCGUCAUAUGAGACGCAUAACAUAUCGCGCGAGACGACGGAGAACGGCGUGAUCGUGUGCAUGUAGCCGCGUUUCGAGCGACGUAAUCGCCGAUCGAGCGGGAACCGAGAGAAUCGUCUCGCGCUUUUUCGCGAGACGCUAUUUUUUCGCCUGCGUGUAUCCGAAUUUUCGCGUACAUAUAAGUAGCGCGUACAAUAAUAUAGCACGCGGAGAGUGUGUAACGUAUAAGUCGACGUGAGAAUGUACGCUGUCGAAGGGUGUGCGGCGGUAGAGAGGAAGCUCUUGUACCGGCGGCGGGGGCAGGUAAGACGGUCGAGUGACUGUAAGAUUUCUCGAUAGUAAAUGUUUUCUUCGAAACGUGUCGCUAUUUCAAUCAACAGUUUAAACGAAAUAAAAAAAAACACACAGUUUUUACGUGGAGGAAACUACGUUGAUGUCGUGUAAACUCUAGACCGAGUAUCUCGUAAGUCUCAUAACUUAAGUGCGCGGAAGGAACACAGGCGAUAAGGGGGUAAAACGCGUUCUACCUGUUCUCAAUAUCGGGAGAUCAGUAAUAGGUUUUACGUAUCAUCACUAUGACACAUCAUAAUUGUAACUUUAUAACGAUAGGCGGGAUCAAUGAAAAAAAUUAGAAUAUUGUACAUAUACAUAGGCGCACUUACGUAUGUGUGUAUGUGUAUGCGUGCGUAUGUGUGUGGUUGGUUAGUUGAUUGGUUGGUAAGGAGAGUAAUCCAUAUUGCGAUUCUCGCGAAAAAAUGAGAGAGAGAGAGAGAGAGAGUGAGAGUGAGAGAAUGGACGAGACCGGGCGGAAUCGAGAAGCGAAUCGUAUCUGUCCGUGCGCGAGAGAGCGUGUUUCACGUUUUACACUCUUACACGUGCAUUCGGUGUUAACGUGCGGACAGAGGGAGAAAAAAAGAGAAAAAUAUGAGAAAAGAGAAUGAGAGGAAACGUACGAAAAUUGUUUAGCUCCAGAAUCGACGAGACGUUCGUGACGCGAGGUGACGGACGUGCGACGAAAGUUCGACAUAUCGGAACGUUCUUUGCUGUGAAAUUUCAACGAGAAUCGGAAUGGAGAAAAACGGAAUGAUACCCGAAAACGGGAACACGAUCUCGCAUCCUCUGAACACGUCGGCGGCGCUUGUCGAUGACGACGACGACGAAUUCGCCCGGCGUUAACGCGUCAGACAACACCGUCUCCAAUCGUAUUCCGGUGUAAUUUCGAAUCAAUACCUUUUUAGGUUCCGCGUAUUUAUAUACAUCAGAUGGAUAUACUAUUAUUAUAAACUUAUGCGAGACAUUUAGCGGAUAGGCGAUGUUACCGUUAUAUCAUUAAAAUACUAUUUAUAUAAAUUAAACGUAAUACCGCGUAAUAAGGAGUAGAGAUGAUGACACGGAGGCAUAGCCACACGUAGUUGAGGUACUCGCGUUGAAUUUAAACGUAACUGGAAUUGCUUCUACAUCCUCCUCCACCGAGGGACCGUGGAGUGUCCAAAGCGAAUGAACGAACAGCAAAAAGAAAACCACAGAAAAAUUAGAAGAGAAAAGAAACAAAAAUUGCACACGUACCCACACAUAUACACGCACAUAUACGAUCAGAUGAAUCCGCGCAUGCGCGCGUAAAUUUUGAAAUAAUAGAGAUUUACAGGGAAGGCUUAUCUUUAGAAUGCUACCAACCUUCGAUUUUGAUGAAAUUUUACAGAUAUUUUAUACUUAUUAAAUGUAGUAAAAUAUUGUGCGGAAUUGCGGAAAUACCCUGUUUCCGAGAAAUUCAAAUUUUAAUAAUUUGAAGAAAUAAAUAGAAUUCAAAAAUAUUUUAUUAAUGUAUUAAGAAAUCAUGCAUAUAAUGUUGACAACAUAUGAACGUCAUAAAAAAAAAGAAAUCAAAGAAGCUCAUUUCCUUACAUUUUUCAAUGUAAUCAGCAUAUGAAUAAUAAUAACACAGUUAUUAACAUAUACCAAGGUUAAAAUUAUUAAGGAUGAAUCCUUUAUUCGGCAUAUUUACCUAGUUUACUAAUACGCUAAUAAAUUGAAAAAUUUCUGCAAAAUAUAUUUGAAUUCUAAUUAUUUCUUCAUAUCGAAAUGUUGGAAAACGUUAAUUAAGCCGAGUAAUUAAAAUUUGUAUUUCUCGGAAACUAGGCAUUUCCGCAACUUCGCACUUGUGACUUCGACCACAUUUAGUUAAUACUACGUACCUGUAAAAUUUCAUCAAUGUCGGGGAUGAGUAGCUUACUAAAGUCUUACCAUAAGCAACACCGAUUUUUUCAUCUUGCUAGAAAGAAAGAGACAGAGGGGGGAGGAAACGAGAUAAAAAUAAUAAUGGCGCCGGUCGAUCGAUGUGAGUCGAGCGUUAAUUACGAACACGUGAUUUACGUAAUUUUUGCGUAAAAAUGAGAGAGAAAAAGAUGGAAAGAGUACCGGAUCGCGACAUAUACGUAUAAUUUUGUGCCAUCGCGCAAGGAACCGCGGUUGAUCGAUUGGUUAAAUUCGCCACCGGUUGUGACUGAGUUGAAAACAAUAAUAAUAAUGAUAAACCAAGCUGCCGUCGUUGCGGUACGCGUUUUUAGUCCGAAGCAGACUGCCAUUACCUACCUACUACCUAGGAAGACGAUAAUAGAAAGAACGAAUUGUAGUUGCGUUUAGAUUCGCCAACAUAAGCAUAACGCUGCCUUUGGCUAUAUUGUUGCCCCUUACUGCUAACGAGUAACUCACUUGUCUACUCAUGUGAUAAUUUAGUAUAUCUCUACGUACCUACCUGUACCUACCAAUUCGCGGAGAUCUUCGUGGCGAAAGGAUUAUCUCGGUGUGCUUUCUCUCUUUUCUCCACUUCAUCGCGAAUUUGGUUCCCGGCAAAUCAGCCGAGACGGUAAGUCGAUUGAUCCUCUUGAUAGAAAUUUGAAACGCGGACUAAUUGCGAGAAUCGAUCGGGAACUCGAGGAUUUCACCAAUUUAGGCCAAACAGCUCCACCGAGCGCAUAAAUUCGGAAAGCGGCUCUGCUUCGGAAUCUCUUGAAAAUCGCGACAAAAUAUGAUGGCGACACAAUCGGUCAUGAGUCGCAAACGAAUCAAUGAAUGAACGAGUCAACACGCAUAAUCCUUUCCCUACGCGAAGACUCGCUAUUAUAAUCUAGAUAGCUUACUUCUACCUAGUGUGCCCUUUUUCCAGUGGUGGUUGAUUAUAUUCUUUGCGGACAAUUCGAGCUCUGCCAAUGGCGUCAUCGGGGUAAUAAAUCGUUCAGAAUCACGAUAUCUCCGAAAGAGAGGGAGAAAGAGAGAGAUAGAAGCGACAGCCGGACACAUUUGGCUCGUGCGUUCCGGAAUAUAUACGAGUGUACACGCUAGGUCGGUGCGAGAUUUCGUUUCUUUGAAGGCCUCAAGUGUCGACAGGCUCAACCUUAAUUGCAACGACGUCUCGAGAGCCCUCAUAUCGCGACACACACACACACACACACACACGCUGCUGAUUCCUUCGGUAUAUGUAUUUUUAAACACACUCAUGAUCGACAAUCACGCUUGCCUCGGGAUUUAGGGGAUAUAUUUAGCGCUGAUCGCGAUUUUCUUCGAAACACCACCCACGAGCAACGGUAUUUAUUAGCAUUUCGCUAAUAGCUUGUUCCACGAGACGCGUGACUGCGGUUCUCACACAGACUGGGGGAAUUGAUUUUCAUCGGUGGAAAAAAACACGCACGAUAAUUUCUUCAGCACGCGAUAGGAGGAAUAUCAUCGCCCGUUUCUUCGCCUACGACAGCCGAACACGACGUGGACGAUCAUUUGCGCGACCAUGCAACGAAUCUCAACGCUUUCUCAAGGCAGAAACGAACGUUGGUGAACUCCGCGAAUACUGUACUUGUCGUUGAUUUCGGUGUACCUUCUUCCGCCGCGAACGACUCAAGUCGCGCGCACUGUAUACGGUCGUCGUGUUAUUUGUCUUUCGGUCAAUCUCAUUUGUCGCGUGAUAUAUCGGGACGAUCAGGUGGAAAACCGUAUCGUGUACAAAAAGCAGCGCCGCGAUGGGAGGAUCGACGAGGAUGAUCGCGGCGAUGAAAACGAUUGUACGAUGUUGCGCCACAAUCACGUCACGCGUAUACGUGCGCCACGAGUAAACAUUUGUUUCCGCGCGAGCACACGACAAACUAUGAUUUCGAUAUAAUACCUGAUUGUUGACCUCUAUCGGUGGAAUUGCGGGGGAGUCUACAGGUAAUUGCGGGAAAACUGGGGAGAGCUCAUCUAGUUGUAUCUUCUAUCCAGGUAGGGGCAACGCUCGGCCACGCUUGAUGAUCUCGAACGUUCCCCUCUCCCUCUUUCUACCCCCUCGCGAAGGGACUCGGGGAAAUCAUUCCUCGGGGAUCGCGAAGGAGGACCCAUUUCCGAACUUUGAGCGAGGGAUGAGGGAGAAACUCGAGAUCGGCGAAACCGAAACCACCGGUGGGUUGCCCAUAACCUGUUCUAACGCUAUCGAACCUUGAUCGUUAUAGUCAUAAAAUUAUUUUGUACUAAGAACUGUUUAUAAUUUUGUAUCUAAUCUCUGUAAAUAUCAAGCAGAUUGUCUAUGAGUAAUAAAGCUUAAACAAACUCGAUUUAAGUAGACUAUAUAUAUAUAAAUAUAAAUAUAAACAGGAAGAAAAGAAGUAUAUAUAUAUAUAUAUAUAUAUGAAAAAAAUAUAUAUAUGAAAAUAUAAGUAUUUAUAAUAUAUCUAUAUUUUAACUAGUCAUAAGGCAGCAAUCGCGAAGAGAUGUAAGUAAAUUUCGCAUAAGCGCGGAUCGGUAACGUAACAAUGUACAACGAUUUAGGAAAUAUUUGUAUCAUAAAGACGACACAAUUAAGGGACAAAUCAUAAAAAAAAGUAUACAUGUUACUCAGUAGCCGUGUGUGUGUGAUGCGUAUAUGUACAUGUGUGUGUG